CAGUUCAAGCCGACAGCAGCGACGCCGGCAGAGGCAGUAUAUAAAUUAAUCAGCGAAGAUGGGUAUAUUGGAGAAGAUCUCAGAAAUUGAGAAGGAAAUUGCUCGCACCCAAAAGAACAAAGCAACUGAAUACCAUUUGGGUCUGCUAAAGGCAAAACUUGCCAAAUAUCGGUCACAGCUGCUGGAACCAGCUAAGAAGGGGGAAAAAGGUGAUGGCUUCGAUGUGCUAAAAAGUGGUGACGCGCGUGUUGCAUUGAUUGGCUUCCCUUCCGUUGGUAAAUCAACUUUGCUCUCUACAUUAACCAAAACCGAAUCAGAGGCAGCAAAUUAUGAAUUCACUACCCUCACCUGUAUACCGGGAGUCAUUGAAUAUAAGGGUGCCAACAUACAGUUGCUCGAUUUACCUGGAAUUAUCGAGGGUGCUGCGCAGGGUAAAGGUCGCGGUCGGCAGGUUAUCGCCGUAGCGCGCACUGCUGAUUUAGUUAUUAUGAUGUUGGAUGCCACCAAACCGAAUGUUCAUCGUAAUUUGCUGGAGCGCGAAUUGGAAUCGGUGGGCAUACGACUCAAUAAACGUAAGCCAAACAUUUACUUCAAACAGAAAAAGGGCGGCGGUCUUAGCUUUAACUCUACUUGCUCACUGUCACGCUGCAAUGAGAAAAUGGUGCAAACCAUUUUACACUCAUUCAAGAUAUUCAAUGCGGAGGUACUUUUUCGUGAAGACUGCACUGAAGAUGAAUUUAUCGAUGUGGUAACGGCGAACCGUGUGUAUUUGCCCUGUUUGUACGUGUAUAACAAAAUUGAUCAGAUUUCGAUUGAAGAGGUUGAUCGCUUGGCGCGUGAACCAAACUCGAUUGUGGUCAGUUGUAAUAUGAAACUCAAUUUGGACUAUCUGUUAGAGGCCUUGUGGGAGGCGUUGCAGUUGAUACGCGUUUACACGAAAAAACCUGGUGCUCCUCCAGAUUUCGAUGAUGGUUUAAUUUUGCGAAAGGGUGUUUCUGUGGAGCAUGUAUGCCACGCCAUACAUCGUACUUUAGCUGCCCAAUUUAAGUAUGCGCUGGUCUGGGGAACUUCAACGAAAUAUUCCCCACAACGUGUCGGCAUAUCGCACAUUAUGGCCGACGAAGAUGUUAUACAAGUUGUUAAGAAAUGAUAAAUGCCGAUUACACUAUUGCGUUGAGAUUGUGUUACAUAUUGCUUUUGCAUUGGCAAAUUGUAGGCCUUCCCUUAUAAAAUUUAAUUACAUUUAUUCUUAAUACAAAUACAUAUACAUAUAAUCUAAAAAAAAAUAUUGUUCAUAAAAUUUGAGAGUAAAAAGAAAAAACAACUUUUAUAUGCAUUUGAAAAAGCGUAUAGUGGGGUAAUAAAUGUCGAAAGUUGAUUAUAUAUAACCAAAUGGUUGCUGAAUAAAAGGCUUGAAUAUAGAA